AUGCCUUUGAUCACGUUUUGCGGGUUGCCGUGUUCAGGAAAGACUACUUGGGCCCAAAAAUUGAAAAGUGCUCUUGAAGAGAAAAUAGCUCAAGCCCAAACACAGAACUUACCUGGUCAUAAUUACAAGAUCAUCUAUCAUUCGGAUGAGACGUUGGGAAUCUCCCACGAUACGUAUAAGGACUCCAACAAGGAGAAAAAUGCCCGCGGAACACAAAUGUCUGCUGUUAAACGAGAUCUUUCUAGGUCUACAAUCGUCAUUCUCGAUACUUUAUCGUACAUUAAAGGUUUCAGAUACCAGCUAUUCUGUGAGGCCAAAGGCGUGGUGACUCCACACUGUGUUGUUCAGGUGAUGAACCCGUUAGCCAAAUGCAUUGAAUGGAACAAAAGUCACCAGAAUCCGUGGGAUGAAGAGGUGAUUGGUCAGCUUGAAAUGCGCUUCGAAGAGCCCAAUGCCGAUUCUCGCUGGGACUCACCUCUUUUCACAUUGGUGUCGGACUACGACCAGGAAAAAUUGCCCGUGGAGGAAAUAUGGGAUGCCAUCGUCUUGAAAAGAGCUCCUCCACCCAAUGCAGCCACGUUGGUCAAGCCUACGUCUGGAAAUAAUUACUUGCAAGAGUUAGACAAGAAGACUCAGGAUGUGAUUAGUAAGGUCAUCCAGCACCAACAACUCAAUAGUGUUGGAGGAGACGUGGUGGUGGAUGCUGGCCAAAAGCUCACCGUGCAUAUGCCUGCCAACUCCGUCAGCAUUGCACAGCUUCAAAGGAUCAGACGAACGUUUGUGAGCUUGAAUCGAAUGAGAAGCAUCGACAUCGACAGAAUUACCGCCGUUUUCGUUGACUACAUGGACCGAAGCUUGAAUAGCGACGACUAA